AAGAAGCACCAGCAGCAAUGAGGUCCUGGAUUCUGUUCGUGCUGUAUAUAGCAUGUUGCACUGCAUUCCCUGCUGUGACGCAGACAGACAUAGAUAAGAAUAAUGAAGCAUUUGCUAAGGAGUACUUGAAAAAAUUCUACAACCUUGAGGAAGGUGGGAACCAGAUGUCCAGACAAAAGCGCAGCAGUGGAUUUUUGGAUAAAAUUAGUCAGAUGCAAGAUUUUUUUGGAUUGAAGGUCUCUGGAAGACUGGAUGAAGAAACCAUAAAACUGAUGAAACAAUCUCGCUGUGGUGUUCCUGAGGUUGGCAGUUUCAGCACCUUCUCUGGAAACCCCGUAUGGAAGAAAAAAGACCUGACAUACAGAAUUCAGAACUAUACCCCAGAUAUGACCAGAGAUGAGGUGGACCAGGCUAUUCAGAAGGCAUUCAAGGUCUGGAGUGAUGUCACCUCUCUUACCUUUACCAGAAUCCAUGAAACUGUCUCUGAUAUUGAGAUCUUGUUUGCAUCGAAAGAUCAUAAAGAUUUUCUCCCUUUUGAUGGCCCAUCUGGUGUUCUGGCACAUGCAUUUGCUCCUGGAGAUAACAUUGGGGGGGACACGCAUUUUGAUGCAGAUGAGAAGUGGACAACUGGAUCCAUUGGUACUAACUUGUUCCUUGUGGCUGUUCAUGAGUUUGGUCAUUCACUUGGACUGGACCAUUCUAAAGACCCCAAUUCCCUUAUGUACCCCAUCUACCGUUACAUCAAUCCCAAUGCAUUCCAGCUUUCUCAAGAUGACAUCAAUGGAAUCCACUCCCUGUAUGUGCCAAAAGAAAAGCCAGUUGUGCCAACAAAAGCAAGCAUCCCAACCCACUGUCAGGAAUCCAUAUCUUUUGAUGCGGUCACAACACUGCGCGGGGACAUUCUGUUCUUUCGAAACAGAUCCUUUUGGCGCAAGCUAGCUGGUAAGUCAGAAGUUGAGCAGCUUGAGAUCAGGUCAUUCUGGCCUUCCCUUCCAACUGACAUUGACGCAGCCUAUGAAUAUCAGAGGAAGGAUCGGGUUCUUCUCUUUAAAGGAACAAAAUUCUGGGUUCUAAGAGGCUACACAAUUGAGGAAGGUUACCCUAAGAGCAUCUACACACUUGGAUUUCCCAAAACGGUGAAGCAAAUUGAUGCGGCCGUCCACAAUGAAGAAAAAGGGAGAACAUACUUCUUUGCUAACGAUCGGUAUUGGAGUUAUAAUGAAGAAAAAUCACAAAUGGAUAAAGACUCUCCUCAGAGAAUCGGUAAUGAUUUCCCAGGUGUUGCAAACAAGGUGGAGGCAGCCUUUCGAUCAAAUGGAAUGAUCUAUUUGUUCAGUGGGAAUCAGCAGUAUGAAUUCAGCACGAUAAAGAAGAAAGUCAAUCGUCUGCUAAAGUACACCAGUUGGUUGAACUGCUGA